CUCUCUCUCCAGUGUCCAGACUCCGCCUGUAAGCAGGACCUGUUGGCCUACCUGCAGCGUAUUGCUCUGUACUGCCACCAGCUCAACAUCUGUAGUAAGGUGAAAGCAGAGGUCCAGAACCUGGGGAGGAGGCUCGUGGUCUCUGGGGAGGUUUCCCAAGCAUUCCUAGAGAGCCAGGUGGACAGUGCCAUGUCUCUGAUCCAGGCAGCUAAGAACCUGAUGAAUACGGUGGUGUCCACGGUCAAGGCGAGCUACGUGGCCUCCACUAAGUACCAGAAGUCCAUGGCCAUGCAGUCCCUCAACAUGCCUGCUAUCUCCUGGAAGAUGAAGGCCCCAGAGAAGAAACCCUGGUCAAGAGAGAAACAGGAAGAUGGAUCCAACAACAAGGUCAAGAGGUCAUCCCAAAAGAAGCACAUCAACCCUGUCCAGGCCCUCAGCGAGUUCAAAGCCAUGGAUAGCAUCUAGAGAUGGAGCAGUCCGUUGGUCAGAGGGUGGUGAGAGGAGGUGGAGCUACAGGGUUGGGGAUAGCGAGCCAGUUGGAUGUUUUUUUUUGUCUUGUCACAAAAAUAGAAAGAGUGAGAAAAUAAGAUUAAGAAUUGUUUAGAAACCAUUCCUCCUUUCCUUUCCCUGGUCUACCCGUCUGGUUUGACCUGAUGUCUCUCUAUACAGACUCACUAAGGUGGACCACUGAGCUCUCUCUCCUCUAACAACCUUAUUUUUUCAAUCAAACGACUGCAUCCUGAUUGCUCUGUUUCUAUCCUACCGUAUGACGUCUCUGGUGGGAGAACAAAGCAAAAGGACCUUUUUCCCCAUAUACCUUGUUUUGAUUUAUUCCAAUGUUGGUAUGAGAAGGAUGGUUUCCAUUGAUACUGUAAGAUUUCAUUCUGACAACGAAUCAUUUUUUGACCCCUGACCCUCUACCCCUAACCUGUGAUGUGAGAUGCCCUGUGUAUUUUAUAGAAAUUGUGUGACCAGUGGGCGGGUAUUGGAGGGUAUUCCACUGUGUGCCAUAUAUAAUAGUGUUGAUCAGAUGGGUCUUUCCACUCUGAACCGUCUCUAUUGUCUCAUUACUCUGGUGAAGCUUUGGUUUACGUUUUUUUUUAAAACAAGUUGAUUUUCCAUCUCGAUGUGUUCUGUCUAAUAAAAGUUUGAUAUUUUA